ACAGACAGACAGGUAUGAACGUCCAAAUGUCACACACCUACGCAGGCAUCCUGGGAACGGGAGUCGUACCAUUUCCAGACAAGUUAAUCAAGUUAUGUUAGCGGAUGUUGACAUAUCCGUUGUCACUUGUGGUAGUUGGCGGGGUUAAAGAAGCCUCAUUAGCAUUAGCAAAUUUUCUCGCAACUUUUUUUGUGGGCUGUAGCUGUCACACGAGCUGCUGGUUCCACUCCAGUGAUGACUUCCCUGUGGUGGCUGAUCACAAAUGGUACCUCUCCCUCUGGCUUCGUGGACAACAGUACCUGCUUCAGCUCCACACAGAAAACCGUACUUAGUGGGGUCCAUUUUGGAGGAGUGCCAGUUGUGCUACUGCUCGAUUUCUCUGUCUUUCUGGUGUUGCUGAUCCUCUUCUCUAUUAUCAGGAGGAGGUUUUGGGACUAUGGGCGUCUGGCACUGGUCGCAGACAACGAAGGGUUCACUGAGUCAACACAUCGUCGCUAUGGAUACACGUCAUCCUUUGUGUCCAGCGUGGAUGACUUAGAGUAUGAAUGGGGCUUCUGCUCUUGGCUUCCUUAUAUCCUCAGAAUGGAUGAGGAAAAAAUAAAAGCCAGAUGUGGCAUGGACGCUGUUCACUACCUAUCUUUUCAGCGUCAUCUGAUCGUCCUGCUGUUGGUCAUAACUGUCGCCUCCCUGUCAGUCAUACUGCCUGUCAACCUGAGUGGAGACCUGCUGGGUAAUGAUCCCACAACUUUUGGAAGGACAACUAUUGGUAAUCUUCAAAAAGGAAACAACCUGCUAUGGCUGCACACAGUGUUUGCAGUUCUCUACCUGACCCUGACGGUUGUUCUGCUGCGACAUCACACAUCACAAAUGAAAGACAUAGGCAGAGAGACAACCAGAAACACCUUGUUUGUGUGUUCAAUUCCUAAAACAGCAACAGAAGAAGAUAUAAACGCCCAUUUCACAGAGGCGUACCCUUGUCAUCAAGUGUGUGCUGUGACCCUGGGUUAUGAUGUGGCCAAACUCAUGAACCUUGAAAAAGAAAGGAUUCGAGCUGGAAAAAACCUUCGAUACUACGAGUGUGUCCUUGAGAAAACAGGAAAACAUGAGUUGAUUAACCCAUGUUUGUGCGGGAACCUCUGUUGCUGCACCAACUCUGAGAAGGUCGAUGCCAUAGAGUACUACAGUACUAAAGAAAAAGAACUGCUGGCAGAGGUUAGGAAGCAGGUAGAACUGGUGCCACAGCGCCCCCUGGGGAUUGCAUUUGUGACCCUACAGACUGAGGCUAUGGCCAAGUACAUUCUGAAAGACUUCAACGCACUCGAGUGUGGUAGAACAUGCUGCUGCUGUGGGAGGCAGCCCCAACCUUCAUCCAAGAGUGGAACUCUGAAAGUGAACAAGUGGAGGGUUAGCUUUGCACCCCAUCCCAAAAAUGUGUACUGGGACAAUCUGUCAGUGCGGGGUUUUCCCUGGUUCAUGCGCUAUGUGACGCUCAACUUCCUCCUCUUCUUCCUGCUCACCUUCCUCACGACUCCCGCCAUCAUUAUCAACACCAUAGACAAGUUCAAUGUGACGAAGCCCAUCUACUAUCUCAACAGCCCCAUUAUCAGUCAGUUCUUCCCCACUCUCCUGCUGUGGUCCUUCUCCGCGUUGCUACCUACCAUAGUCUACUAUUCUACACUAGGAGAAUCACACUGGAGCAGGUCCAGUGAGCAGCUGAGCAUGAUGCGUAAGCUCUACUUCUUCCUGCUCUUCAUGGUGCUUAUCCUCCCCUCACUAGGGCUGACCAGUCUCGCUGUGUUUUUCCGCUGGGUGUUUGAUAAAAAGUUUCUCUCAGAUGGGAAACUGAGGUUUGAGUGUGUGUUUUUUCCUGACCAAGCGGCGUUCUUUGUCAACUAUGUGAUCACGGCGGGCCUGGUGGGCUCUGGGAUGGAGUUGCUGCGGUUGCCAGGGUUACUGCUUUACACCAUUCGUAUGGUAUUUGCGCGCUCCGCUGCUGAAAGGAAAUAUGUCAAACAGAACCAGGCCUAUGAAUUUGAAUAUGGAGCCAUGUAUGGCUGGACCCUCUGUGUGUUCACUGUCAUUAUGGCUUACAGCAUCAUUUGUCCUAUGAUUGUACCUUUUGGUCUCCUUUAUAUGCUGCUGAAGCACCUGGUGGACAAACACAACCUGUACUUUGCCUACCUGCCUGCCCGCCUAGAACGCCAGGUCCACCUGGGAGCUGUCAAUCAAGCUCUGGCCGCACCCAUCAUCUGCUUAAUAUGGCUCUACUUCUUUUCUGUCCUCAGAACAGGUUUCCUGACCUCCACAUCUCUUUUCACCCUGGUGGUCCUGUGUAUCACUGUCUUCAUCUGCAUCAGCUACACCUGCUUCGGCCAUUUCAAAUACCUCAGUCCACACAACUAUGCGGUGAAAGAGGAGGACGAGGAUACAGAAAACGGAGUGGCAGAAAACACCAAGGUUUACCUUCCCAGAGUGCUUAAUCCAAAAUCACCUGCCAGCACCACACAGGAGUCUAAAUCUCAGCAGUCUUAUGGCUCUACAGAGGACAGCCCGGCCUACAGCGCCAACCCAGUGGAAGGAAGCAUGUCAGAUAGCUGAAUCAGCGUACUUUAACACCGAGUCAAAGCUUUGGAGUCAGGAUUACCUCAGUUCCUGCGUUAAAAUCUGCUUCCUUCACAACGAUUUCAGUAGUGAGGUCAGUAUAUGAAUUCACCUCCACCCUAUUGCUCAGGUCAGACGCAGCCUGUCCCAUUGAGAGAAAUUCUCCGGAUGGCACGAAAGAAGAGAGUGCAAUGGGUUCUAAAGACCAACACUGUGCCGUCCCACACUAGUCCAACUUCCCUCUCUUCAGCUUUUGGAAAGAUGAGUUAAAAGUACUGGUGGGGACAGUUUGAUCAUUUUUAAUUGCUUUCUACAGGAAAUAAGGUACAUAUUUGAUAUUUGUAUGGUUAUUUGAACUUGAUCAGCAUAUUGCCAUCUUCCAUGUGAAACCUGCCAUGUUGUCUCUCUGUUGUUUCAUGUUGUUUGUUUCUGUAUUAGACCUUUCUAGUUAAGGCCAAUUCACCAAAAAAUGUUUAACCAAAACCUCCCAUUUCAAUCUAACCAAAGUGUUUGUCAAAAAAUACUGAAAUCCAUUUCUUGGACAUGAGUUAUAAGAAGCUAAUUAUGCAGUGAAGGUAAUUAUGCAGAUAUCUCCAGAACAAGAUAAUCAAGCCAGCACCACUGAUAUCAAAAAGGUUGACAAGCAGAGCUUUCUGUUUUUCUCCAGAUUUCUCCACAGUGCCUUUCUGGAUGCCAAAGAAUAGCCCCUCUUAAGAGAAUAAAUUAUCGCCUAAUAUUAAUAAUGCACUUUUUAUAUCAAGAGACCUGUUCUGUGUUUUUGUGUACUAACAAGAGUUUAAUAUUUUUACUUUUGUAAUGAGGCAAGACAACAAAUAUUUGUAUCUGUGUUGCAGGAGUUUUGCAACCAAAAACUUUUUAGUUCACAUAUUGCAAAGGUUUUAGCCAUUGUUUUCAUUAUUAUUUAAGGUAAGAAAAUGAUGCUGUGCCAUUUAAUGGAUGAAUGUUUUGAACAUGCUAGCAUUAUUUGUAUUUAAUGUACUUUAAAGUUAUGUUUGUGCAUCUUUUUUUAAAUGUGCAUUUUAACAAGGAACUAAAUCCUAAAAGAAAACCUGCAAUCGUUUUAAUAGUAUUAAUAGUAUUAAUAGUGUUGAUUUUUUUUUAAGGUUUAACAGACAAAAUGUCUUCAGACUACAUAUGUUAAGAGAAACUUAGCCUUAGCUUUGUAUAUGGUGACAUAAAUGUCAAUAUUAAACUAUCUUCCAUGCUUCUUAAAAACAGGCACAACUGUACAGUUAUGCGCGUGUCUUGUCAUUGGGGGGCACUGUUGAGCUGCAGUGAGUUAGCCUAACCUCUGAAAUAUUCAUAAAGCAGUGAAAAAAGGACAAAUGCAAAGUGUUGCACUGAGGAUUUCUAACUUAUUCUGACAUUGGUAUGAGCCAGUUUACUGGGCAACAAUUCCAGUAGCUCCACCUCCUCACCUGAUCUUUUAAUAUUGUCUCCCUUUCUGUUCCCUUUUGCUUCCUCUUUUCCUGCCCUUUUCCCCUUUCUCACCACGGUACCUGCCUCAGCUGAGAAAGACCUCUGUUGUUAUUUAAGGGCUUUCAGCAUGCUGAUUAACAAAGUUGUUAAAUAUGGCUAAUGGAGUGCCAAGCUAACAAACAUAUCUAGGUUAUUAGCUGUGGUGAAAAGAGGGGUUUUGGCUGUUGGACGAGGAUCAGUGUACUCAAAUGGAGCCUCACAAUAGUUCUUUAACUGAACAACAAAAAUCAGGAGCAGCAGCUACUGGAGUGGUUCCUAAUAGCUUAACAACAAAUGAGUACUUCCUGGCUCAAGCAUCUGACACACUUUUCUCUUAGGUUUCAUUAUUUGCCGAAUUAAUGUGCACCCAUUCACUCACAGGGUUUACACACAGACUACCUACACACAUAAAAGUGACAACAUAGUAAAGAAAUCUUGAAACCCAGUCUCUCCCUUCACUGCUAAUAAUUUAGACAGUAGUCACACACAAAGUUUAAAGAUUGUUUGCAAAGAAAAAGCACUUAUUUUAGCUUUUUUUUUUUAGAGCCAUAUACAUUUUUUAAGAUCUGGUUUCACAAAGGUUACAGACUGUGCUUUACUGCUACUGUUGAAUAAAGAUAAGAAAAAAUAAAUUAAAAAAUAAAUUUCACAUGUUUAAUCUUACUCAAGUAUGUCAUUUUGGGUUUGUGUGUAUGUGUGUGA